UUUAUUAUGUGGUGACCACAGUUAUGGAUGACGCACCCCCUGGCACACAGGAGUAUAUUAUGUUACGGCAAGAUUCCAUCCAAUCUACGGAAUUAAAGAAAAAAGAAUCCCCCUUUCGUGCUAAGUGUCAUGAAAUCUUCUGUUGUCCAUUGAAGCAAGUUCACCUCAAAGAGAACGCAGAACCCGAAGAGCCACAGCUAAAGGGCAUUGUAACAAAACUGUACAGCCGACAAGGGUACCACUUACAGCUCCAGGCAGAUGGAACGAUCGAAGGGACGAAAGAGGAAGAAAGCACCUAUACUUUGUUUAACCUCAUACCCGUGGGAUUACGAGUGGUGGCGAUUCAAGGCGUUCAAACGAAACUGUACUUAGCGAUGAACAGCGAAGGAUACUUGUACACAUCUGAACAUUUCACGCCCGAAUGCAAAUUCAAAGAGUCGGUUUUUGAAAAUUAUUAUGUGACUUACUCGUCCAUGAUCUACAGACAACAGCAGUCUGGGAGAGGCUGGUAUUUAGGUCUUAACAAAGAAGGGGAGAUCAUGAAAGGAAACCACGUCAAGAAAAACAAGCCUGCCGCACAUUUUCUACCGAAACCGUUAAAAGUGGCCAUGUACAAAGAACCCUCGCUCCAUGAUCUCACAGAAUUUUCACGGUCCGGCAGCGGGACGCCCACAAAAAGCAGAAGCGUCUCCGGGGUCCUGAACGGUGGGAAAUCCAUGAGCCAGCACGAAUCAACGUAACCAGGUUUCGGGGCGCAGAAGGGGAGAGACGUGCGGAUGGAACCUUCACCUCCAGGAAUCCAGUUGAGAACCUUUCGCCGUUUUCUACCAUCCAAGCUGUUCUGUACGAGGGGGCAAAAAAAAUAAGUCAAGAAACUGGCAUCAGUUGCGUUGUCUGAUCAGCCAUUUAAGACCUGGUGGCUCAGAAAGGACAUACUUUUUAAA